AUGUCGCAACAAGUAGGUAACAGCAUCAGAAGAAAGCUAGUGAUUGUUGGUGAUGGUGCGUGUGGUAAGACGUGUCUGCUGAUUGUGUUUAGCAAAGGCCAAUUCCCUGAGGUGUACGUGCCAACCGUCUUCGAAAACUACGUUGCUGAUGUGGAAGUCGAUGGCCGUCGUGUCGAGCUGGCUUUGUGGGAUACUGCUGGUCAGGAAGACUACGACAGGUUGAGGCCUUUGUCGUACCCGGAUUCGAACGUAGUGUUGAUCUGCUUCUCGAUCGAUCUUCCAGACUCGCUCGAGAACGUGCAGGAGAAGUGGAUCGCAGAGGUUCUGCAUUUCUGUCAGGGUGUGCCCAUCAUCCUGGUCGGUUGUAAGGUCGAUUUGCGAAACGAUCCGCAGACCAUCGAAGCGCUGAAGGCCGAGGGCCAGCAGCCGGUGACCUCCGCGGAGGGCCAGUCUGUCGCUGACCAAAUCGGCGCCACCGGCUACUACGAGUGUUCUGCCAAGACCGGCUACGGCGUCAGAGAGGUGUUCGAGGCCGCCACAAGGGCUUCUCUGAUGGGGAAGUCCAAGUCUAACGGUAAGACCAAGAAGAACGGCUCCGAGAAGAAGAAGAAGAGAAAGUGUGUCCUGUUGUAA